GUUUAGGCACUUCCAAAAAAAAAACAGUUGUUAUGAUUCUUAUCUGAGAAGAGUCAACAAUGUCUUGCAGCAUUAAGCAUCUCUCAUUUUCCUAAAGAGCGACCAAGAGGAGAUCUAAAGUUCAUUGACGCCAUCAAGAGGAGCAAACUAUGGCUGGGGAACUUAUGUCCUUUGGUAUAGAAAAGCUUUGGAACCUACUAAGUCAAGAAUGCGAGAGACUUCAAGGAGUCCAAGAUCAAGUUACUGAACUAAAAGGAGAUCUAAACUUGUUACGCUCUUUCCUAAAAGACGCAGAUGCAAAGAAACAUACAAGUGCAACGGUGAAAAAAUGUAUUGAAGAUAUCAAGGAAAUUGUAUAUGAUGGAGAGGAUAUUAUCGAAACAUUUCUUCUAAAGCAAAAACUCAGAGAAACAAGUGGAAUCAGGAAGAGUAUCACAAGACUUGCUCUCGUUAUUCCAGAUCGGAGGAAAAUCACAUUAGAUAUGGGAGGCAUAAGUAAGAGGAUCUCCAAGGUGAUAAAUGAAAUGAAGGAUUUUGGUGUACAGCAAAUAAUUGUGCAGACUUUUGCUGAUGGAGGGUAUAUUCCACAGCCUCGAACAUUUCCUAAUGACCAUGAAGGCGAUUUUGUGGGAUUGGAGGCAAAUGUUAAGACAUUGGUUGAAUAUUUAGUUGAGAAAGAAGACAUUCAAAUUGUUUCUGUUACCGGGAUGGGUGGUCUUGGUAAAACAACCAUUGCUAGACAUGUUUUUAAUCAUGAGGAUGUAAAAUAUCAGUUUGAAAGACUCGCAUGGGUGUGUGUCUCAAAGGAGUUUACUCAGAAAUAUGUGUGGCAAACGAUACUGAAUAAUCUCACAUCUAAAGAAAGGAAAGAUGAAAUCUUAAAGAUGGAUGAAGCUGAACUUCAGGAUGAACUCUUUCAAUUGUUGGCAACAUCUAAAUCAUUAAUUGUCUUUGAUGACAUAUGGAGAAUAGAAGAUUGGGACAAAAUCAAGCAAAUUUUUCCACCCAAACAAGGUUGGAAGGUGCUACUUACGUCUCGAAAUGAUCGUGUCGCAAUGCAUGACGCAAUACAUGUCAAAUUUAAACCAGAUUUCCUUACCGAUCAAGAUAGUUGGACACUUUUCGAAAGAAAAGCAAUGCCAAGGAAAGAUGAUUCUGAAUAUAAGGUUUAUGAGAAGUUGGGUAAGGAAAUGGUCAAACAAUGUAAAGGACUGCCGUUGGCUGUCAAAGCAUUAGCAAGUUUGUUAUCUCAGACUGGAAAAAUAGUGGAUGAAUGGAAAAGAUUAUCUCAUAACGUGGUUGGAAGAACUAGCGCUAACAACGAUUCUAUUGAGAGUGUAUUAUCUCUGAGCUUCGAAGAGUUGCCUGGUUAUUUGAAGCAUUGUUUCCUUUACCUUUCUCAUUUUCCAGAAGAUUAUGCAAUACGUGUAAAGAAUUUGGCCUAUUAUUGGGCUGCUGAAGGAAUACGACGGCCGAGGGAUUACGAUGGAGCAUCUAUUAAACAGAUCGCAUAUGGCUAUAUAGAAGAAUUGGUGAAGAGAAACAUGGUUAUUUCUGAAAGAGACUCUAAAACUUCAAGAUUUGAAACAUGUCAGCUGCAUGAUGUGAUGAGAGAUCUUUGUCUACUUAAAGCUAAAGAAGAGAAUUUCGUUCACAUUGUUGAAAACAGUGCCUCGGCUGCGACCACCCAAUCUCCUUGGAAAUCUCGAAGAAUCGCAGUACACCGGCUUGAUGAUGAAACAUAUCUUUGGGAAUUGGAGAUUCUAAAUCCGAAACUUAGAUCUCUCUUGAUUAUUAGAAAAGUAUUACUCUUGUCAAAAUGGAUGGCAUCAGGUAUGUGCUUUACAAGGCUACAGCUGAUGAGGCUUUUAGAUCUCUCUCAUGUGAAUUUUAAAGGAGGGAAGUUACCCUCUAGCAUUGGGAAGCUUAUCCACUUGAGAUAUCUGAGUUUAUAUCGGGCAAAGGUAUCUUAUCUACCUUCUUCUAUACGGAACUUGAAGCAGCUUCUCUAUCUAGACCUACGUGUCGAUUAUGAUAUUCUAAUUUACAUGCCCAAUAUAUUGAAAGAGAUGCGAGAGUUAGCUUACCUCCAUGUUCCGCUAGAGAUGCGUUAUAAGACAAAGUUGGAAUUGGGUAAUCUACUCAACCUGGAGACGUUGAAGAAUUUCUCAACAGAGUAUAGCAGUGUGAAGGAUCUUCAACAAAUGACACGGCUCGAGACUCUCUCAAUGUCAUUCACAGGCGACGACAAGUGUAUGAAAACUCUAUCUUCGUCUCUAAGUGAAUUGAGACACUUGAAAAAUCUUACUAUACGGGAUUAUUCUUCCAGGAAUUAUGAAGGAGGGUUUGUUUUGGAGUGCGUUCAUCUAAAAAAACUGGAGUUGGGAAUAUAUAUGCCAAGUUUAUUUGAUGAACAACACUGCCCUUCUCACCUUACAACCAUAUCUCUACGGAAUUGUUGUUUGGUGGAGGAUCCGAUGUCGACUCUAGAGAAAUUGGCUCACUUAGAAAAUGUUAAAUUACAUCAUAGUUCUUUCAUUGGUAAGAGAAUGGUUUGCUCGGACGGUGGAUUUCCUCAGUUGCAAAAGCUUGAAAUUAAGGGACUAAAUGAGUUGGAAGAGUGGAUAGUAGAAGAAGGCUCCAUGCCCCUUCUUCAUACUCUCGAUAUUUUUAGCUGUCCAAAGCUGAAGGAGCUACCUGAUGGGCUGCAAUUCAUCUAUUCUUUAAAGAAACUAUGGAUGCCUAGUGAAUCGAAGAAGAGACUGUCAGAAGGAGGAGAAGAUCAUUACAAAGUCAAACACAUCACUUCUGUUAAAUUCUACGAUUAAUGAGUUACUCACAAAAUAGAGGAUCUAUUACGUUUUUCAGGACUUUGGAAAUAUACAUGAAGAGCAUCGGUGAUGGGUGUUUCACGAAAUGCCAAACUUACACUUGAUCGAUUCGGCACUGUUUUGGUUAGUGACCUUCUUCUUCUCAACAGAGAUUGAGGGUUUUCACGAACUCUAUCUAGUAUGACAAACUAAUAUCAUAUAUAUCCAUUACUUUGUUAAUUUAGAGAAUCUCUCUAAAUUAUAUCUAUCUUUUAUUUGUGUGUAUUCAAGCGACUUGGCUUGACUGCUACAAUCUUUAUCUCUGUGUAAACUUUGUAAGUUAAUAACUUUAGUAGCUGCUUUGAACAUUUGAUUUACUAUUUUCUUGUAAAUAUGCACUCCACUAUUGAUGGUUAAAGAUGAAGACUUGUGGCUGAGACUAUAGUAGUCAUCUAGAGUUCAGAAGCUUUGAUGGUCUUGAAUCAAGAGUCAGAGUACAAGUUACCGAGAUACAACAUCCUAUGAAAGUGCAGAUGGCAUCGUAGUGAAAUACUCGUAUAAUGACAAUAAAUUGAUAUAGGAAUUUAGUAGCACAUAUAUGAGGACACGUGGAGCUUAGUGAUAGGUUGAAAGAAGAAAAGAUACGUGGAGCGAUGUGAUUGGUAUGAGCUGAAGUUGCUAAAGCUUAAGAUCAAGUUGUUCAUCGUCUUCUUCAUUAUGCAAAAUUGUGAAAGUUUGUUAGAUUCGUUUCUCUCUUCUUUGUUACUGAACUUGGUUCAUCCUCUGUGAAGAGCCCUAAGAUGUUCUUACAAGAUGAAUUCGAGGAUUUCUCGUUUUAUGAAUUGGGUUUGUGUGUUUGCGGGAACGAUCGUGUUGAUCUGUAUUGUAUCAAAUAAAACCAGACUGUCUCAUGAAGUUCUUUGGUUGCAGGAAGAGCCUUUGACGACACGACAGGAAAUCAGUACCAGCAAACUGAAGAACUUUCUUAGGAACCCUAGCAGCAACAAUACCAGCACCUCUGGGAGCAGGAACCAUCCUCACAGUAACAGAACCACACUUGCUGGUUUUGCUACCAAAUAAAAAUACGCUUUGCUUCAACUUAACAGUGGGUUUAUGUUUCCUAGUUUGAGUGAUGAAUGAUGAUAAUCGGUUAAUCUUAACCUUCAUUUUUUAGGAUCAUUCCUAGACAGCUCAUUUGGUUUUGGACU